ACAGGGGAAAGGAGGAGUCGGGCCCGGCCCCGCUCGGCGUCCGCGGGAUGAAACAGGAGGCUCAGCCCCGCGGCGGCCCUUUAAAUAGCCGGCUCCGACACCGCGGUUCCGCUAGAAGCGGAACAUUGCCCUGAGCUCGCUGGAGCAUCAUCGCCGCAGCCCUCCAGCUCGAUCCGCGGCGGCGGGGCAGGACCGCGCCCUCCCGCAAGCAAUCAUGUUUGAAAUUAAGAAGAUUUGCUGCAUUGGUGCUGGUUAUGUUGGUGGCCCAACCUGUAGUGUGAUUGCACAGAUGUGUCCCAGUAUCAAAGUCACUGUUGUGGAUGUCAACGAGGCCAGAAUCGGUGCCUGGAAUUCAGAUACGCUCCCAAUCUAUGAGCCAGGGUUAAAAGAAGUAGUAGAAUCCUGUCGAGGAAGAAACCUCUUCUUCUCCACCAGUAUUGACGAUGCCAUUAGAGAAGCCGAUCUUGUAUUUAUUUCUGUUAACACUCCAACAAAGACCUAUGGCAUGGGAAAAGGCCGAGCAGCUGAUCUGAAAUACAUUGAAGCUUGUGCCAGGCGAAUUGUACAAAACUCAAAUGGCUAUAAAAUUGUCACUGAGAAAAGCACAGUUCCAGUACGUGCUGCAGAGAGCAUUCGUCGGAUAUUUGAUGCUAAUACUAAGCCUAACUUGGAUUUGCAGGUGCUGUCUAACCCAGAGUUCCUCGCAGAAGGAACAGCCAUCAAUGACCUGAAAAACCCAGACAGAGUGCUUAUUGGUGGAGAUGAUUCUCCAGAGGGACAGAUGGCUGUCCGUGCUCUUUGUGCUGUUUAUGAACACUGGGUGCCCAAAGAAAAAAUCCUCACAACAAAUACCUGGUCAUCAGAACUUUCUAAGCUGGCAGCUAAUGCUUUCCUUGCCCAAAGAAUCAGCAGCAUUAACUCAAUCAGUGCUCUGUGUGAAGCUACAGGAGCAGACGUUGAAGAAGUAGCAAGAGCUAUUGGAACAGACCAAAGAAUUGGGAAUAAGUUUCUCAAAGCUAGUGUUGGGUUUGGAGGCAGCUGUUUUCAGAAAGAUGUCUUGAAUUUAGUGUACCUCUGUGAGGCACUGAACUUACCUGAAGUAGCCCGCUACUGGCAACAGGUAAUAGACAUGAAUGAUUAUCAGAGAAGAAGAUUUGCUUCCCGCAUUAUUGACAGCUUGUUCAAUACUGUCACUGACAAGAAGAUUGCUAUUUUAGGGUUUGCAUUCAAAAAGGAUACUGGGGACACCAGAGAGUCAUCCAGUAUCUACAUUAGCAAGUAUUUAAUGGAUGAAGGAGCAGAGCUCCAUAUCUAUGAUCCUAAAGUACCUAAGGAACAAAUUAUCUUGGAUCUCUCACAUCCGGGUGUCUCAGAAGAUAACCAAGUGUCUCGGUUGGUCACUAUAAGUAAAGAUCCCUAUGAAGCCUGUGAUGGAGCUCAUGCCCUUGUAAUUUGCACUGAAUGGGACAUGUUUAAGGAGUUAGAUUAUGAACGUAUUCAUAAGAAGAUGCUGAAGCCUGCAUUUAUCUUUGAUGGCAGGAGAGUGCUGGAUGAUCUUCAUAAUGAGCUACAAGUCAUUGGCUUCCAGAUUGAAACAAUUGGAAAGAAGGUGUCAGCCAAAAGAAUUCCUUUUGCUUCUUCAUGUGAAAUUCCCAAGUUCAGCCUGCAAGACCCACCUGUCAAAAAGCCCAGAGUAUAAUGUUUAAUAGGUAUUGAAGGAAUUCUGUGGACCUUCAUAGUGAUAAAAAUUGUAAGCCUAUGCUUUUUUUAAAGAGAACUAUUUUUCAUAAACUGAAAACCAAUUUUACACUAGAACUGGUACCUGGUACAUGUGAAUUCAGUCUAUUUUCAAAUCUCUAUUUUUAUAGUAAUUUCUUUUGGUUACUGAAGAUGGUACAAACCUGUUUUUAAUAAUUAAUCACCUUUUAAGUGAAAAAGUUACCUUCAAACUGCAGAUUUCUGCUUUCAGAAAUCUUCCAAAGCAGCACUUUAAAUGUUUCAAGUGAUAUGAAGCAAAAUAACUAGAAUAUCUUUUCUCUUUAGUCCAGUUAUGGACAGGGAUCAUGAACUUUGGUUUCACCAAUUUUUAACUUUCCUUUGGGGUAAUUCUUUGUUCAGUUAAAUGCUUGCUCUAACUGGCAUUGAAGUAAAAGGAUAAGUUCUUAAAUUAAUUUGGUGAGAUUUGGGCUGUGCCCUAAAAUAGAAAUCAUUGUGACAGUGAUAUCCUGAUCCUGGUUGGGAUCAGUGGGCACUGGUGGACUCUACAUCUGUUGGGUGGCCAGAUGGUUCUGCAGGCAUCUAUCAUGUAACCAGUAACAGUGGACUAACAGCUAUGAUCUGAUCCACUGGCAAAUCCUCACUUGAUUCUUUGGUUGUCUUGCUUACAUUCCAUGUGCAGCCAUAUUAAUUAUUGAUCUAAUCAGAUUCCCGGGGCGAGUUUUUCCUAAAUUACAGCAAUACAACUCAUCUUCAGCAGAGGAGCAUUCUGCUUGUUUGAACAUCAAAUUUAAGCAGAGCUACUUUAAUUUGGUCUUGGUAGCAAUAGAAAGUAAAUGUUGGGUUCAAACCUACCUUAUGGUUAUUUUUCUUCUUUUCUGCUUACAAACUUUACUGAAAGCAGUUUCCUUAAUGAAUCUGCAGAAAUCAUUCUCUGCUGCUAAGAAAUUAUUAACAAUAAAAAAUUCAGCCCCGUAAGUUAGUCAGCUUGCUACCUCAUUUAAUUAGUAGGAAAUUAUACUUCUUAUGUUAUCUUGAUAUUUUUGCCUUUACUAUUACUUGGAUUUAUUUCUACUUGUUUUUAUUAUUCUCAAGUGACCAGUGCUAUUAAAAUCUGUGAGAUGAGAGUUUGUGUUUGGCUUGAUCCAAGGGGUUGUAGAGGGGAGGAUAGAGGAUGACCAUCAACAGGUUUCAGCCCAGAAGGCAUAGAUGUCUUGGUUGAGUAACAGUAGUGUUGGGAUGUUAGAGAAUUAUCCUGUAACCAAUCACACAAUACCUUUUGAGUUACUCAACAGGUGUGCCUUCAAGUAACCUUAAUUGGGAGUAAAAAAAGAGCCUAAGUUAGUGUUGUCCUGGUGAUGAGUGCUAUUAUCAUAAUGAUUUACUCACAGAAAUGUAGAUAGGAUUUAAGCUGUAAGACAGAUAUCUGAAGAUUUAAGGAACUUGUGUAACAACUUGGGUAGACAAAACAAGUCACUUAGCUGACCAAAAUAGCUGCAUCCUUGGACCAGAUGUUUUCAGAUUCUGCAGUUAAUGGCUUCCACAUAGGGGCUUACUAUGUAGCAAUCACUCAUCACUUUGGGCAAAUAAGCCUUGGGCUUCUUGUCCUGUUGCACAAUUCUUCUGUGAAGAGCACAUCAGAAGCCACUCAAAGUGAGUUGAGAAUUAUGGGGACUUAAAAUCAAGUUGUCAUCUUCUAUCAUGCCAUCUCCUCUUCCUGAUUCACUAGCACUGCAUUCCUACAACACCCACAGAGCAGGGACAAUCCUGUGAUACAGUGGUGGCAUCAUGUAAUCCAGCUGGAGUAUCACCCUGUCUUUGCAGGUAGACCUCAUCUUAGCUACCUCUGUCCCCAUAGCACCCACGAUGGCAGGCUGGUUGUUACUCCUUGGGGAUUAAGAAGGGUACUGACAAGUUGUGCUCCAAGAAUCUCUUGUCCUGUGCUACGUUCAGGGUAGCACAGCACUGCUGCAGGGCUUGUCUUAACAGGGAGGGUGAGUAGAGACUUGGAAAAUCAGGAUGGUUUUCAGAAACUCACACACAGCUGGAAUAGCAGUGCCUCUGCAUGGGACCUGAUCUUGGUUCAUGUCACGGUUCAAAAUAGACAGAUAAACCAUUAAACUCUUGUGUCAAGUGUUGCUCCUGUUAGGAAGGUGCAGGAGCAAGAAGGCUUAGAAAAGGGGGAGCAGCAGAUCCUUUCUGAAGAGCAGCAAGGGGUCAAAGGGUGUAAAAGUAUUUCCCUUGCUUUCCUGGAAAGCCAGGGUGUUUUAUCAGUCUCUUGGUGGCUGCAUUCUCUUAGUGGGAUAUGGAUUCUAGUAUGAAUCCAGUCUUAACAGCUGCUGGUGGGCCAUGCCUUCAGGAUACUGAAGUACUUGACCUUACAUAAAUGUAAGAAAAUCUUACCACAGGCCAGAAGAGACGUAACUGCAGGGUUUUGCAGUAUCCUGAAUCACAAGCCACCAUCUUCACAGUACAGUUGCCAGGGAAGUUAAGAGUUGGAGUUGACUUACAUUCCUGCUUUGAAGGCUUUGAGUAGUGCACAUAGUAAGAGAUGGGGGUUAAUGCUACUGAGUGUCUAUGGGAAUCUUACAGCAUGUAAUUCUUGAUAAGAAUUAUGUAAUAUGAGUUAUGGACUCCUGUGCUCUGAAAUUCUUUCCUACAGCAUUAUUAAUAAAAUGCAAUCCCACAGUAACACUGCUUUUCACUUCAAAAUUGUGAAUGCAACAGAUGAAGCAAAUCCAUUUUAGUACAAGCCCAUGAUUAGUAUGGUAUAGACUGCAUAAAUUAAGAUGUAUAUAACAAACUGCAAAUGCCAGGCAAGCUGUACAGGAUUUCUGUACGUAUUCAACACUUUGUUCC